UUCUUGGACCCGGAACAUAAACCCUAACUCCUCUGUGAGUUACAAACGCAUGGAUUUACUGGGAGCAAACUCUGAAUCAGAGGGAAUGAUUAAAGAGGGAAGAACCACAGCCUUGGUAGAAGGAAUGCCAAGCCAGAACGACAGAAGAGUGCAAUCACAAAGGUUGAGAAGGAGGGAGGAGAAGAGGGGAAUAACAGAGGAGAGAAAGAAGAGGGUUGAGAGAUGGAGAGGAGUGAAGGGGCGAAUAAGCUGGGUGCUGCCAAAGUCCAGCGUCCAUGGCGUUUCCAAGGAAACAACAGUACACUAAGUUCACCAAGGAAAAAGUGAACUCACUGGAGGCAGCACUGAGAAAAUAAAACGACACUGUGGAGCACAAAAUCAGGUACAACUCACCUAGUGGGCACAUGCCACUUGUGAGUCCCGGGUUCAUCAAAUGGAGGAUCACGUGGACACGGCAGGGACCGGAAGUGGUUCUGUAGCCAUGGUGACAGACUCGCCAGGUAGUGACCCGGACUUGGAGCUGCGGGUCCUGUGUGACAGAGUGAAGGUCUUGGAGCAGAAUGCCAGUGCAACCAACCAGUCUGACAGCUACCUGAGGAACAGGAUCCGAGAGUUAGAGACGGCAGAGAGGACUCUGCAGCAACAGCUCAAUCAGCUAGCCUCUGCCUCCCACCUCCACUGGCCCAGCAUGCAACACUGCCAGAGGCUGGACCAGAGGCUCCACAUGCUCAGGCAGGAGGUCAGGACCAUGACUCAAGAGAAGGAGCGAGGGGAAAGGUUGUGGAGGGAGCGUCUGCAGCGCUGCCAGAACCAGCUGAAGGCCAAAGAGGAGGAGAUGAGUCGCCAGUCCCAGUACUUUCAUAACUUUAAGACGCAGCUCCAGCACAAGCUCAGCCUCGCCCGGGACAGAGAGCAGAGCCUACAGAACCGGGUCCAUACCUUAGAGAAGCAGCUACUCGACAUGACGGUGUCUGCCGCCACCAACAUGGCAACUUUCACUGCUGUCAGCAUUACUGCUGGAUCUGCAACACACUGGGAAGAGCAUGAGCGACUUUUUUCCCUGAGGGGAGAGGGGGAAGGAGAAGAGGAAGGGGAAAAGAGGAAGAAGGAGGAGAUGAGGAGGCAAUGGCAACGGAGGUUGGGGCAUCAGAGAGAACGAGGACAAGAUGGGACUGAGGGAGAGAAAGAAGAAGAGCAAGCGAGCAAGGGUUCAAAUGAGACCAGGCUGCAAGGAUUCAUCCUGAGUCUGCAGGAGGAUCUCAGGGUGCUGCUGGAGAGAGAGGAGAAGGGGGUGGUGGAGCAGAGGGGGCUGAUGGAGCAGCUACAGGAGGCCCAAGAGAACAGCCACUUCCUGCACUGUAAGGUGGAGGAGAUGAAGGCGGAUGUGAGUCGGCUGAAGCUGUCAGAGAGCUCCCUGAUGGAGGAGGUGGAAGAGCUGAGAGAAGAGAACCAGAGACUCCAGCAGAGCCUCAGGGAAGCAGCCAACCAAACAGCCAGUCGGUCCACCGCAAGCCCUGAGUCUGCCUCCCCCAGUCCAGCCCCAGGUGCUGUGUCCCCCAUGCCCUUCUCAGAUAGUUCUACCACGGGACAUCGGGUGUGUUCAUCAGGUGGCUCUGGAAAGGUCCAACUAACCCUGGAUGAGCGAACAGGCAAGCCACAUUCAGCUGCAGUUACACCUGUCCACCACCAGGCCACAGCAGAGAGCACAAAGAAUGACACAGAGGAUCACUCUUCACAUGCCAAAUCAGACAUGUUGCCUUUACCCAAACCGGACCUCCUGAACCUCUCAGCCCACUUUGGCUCCAAACCUGACUCCAGCCUGCAGUCUCGCUCUUUGGCUGCAGAGACCGUCGAGGUGGGGGGGUUCAACCUGGGGACCUGGUGCUCUGGAGGGGCCCUAAACCUGGAGGAAAGCCCCAGUGAGGAGGCUGAUGCCCUAAGGGAGGCUUACAGGAGCCUUGGACUGGGUGAAGAUCUUGAUGCCCUCCAAGAGCAACGUGGCCUCCUGGAGGCGGCCCUGCAGCAGACACAGGAGCAGCUACAGCAGCUGGCUCAGGAGAACGCCCGGCUACAACUACAACUCAGGAAACAGGCAGAGGAACAGGAAGCAGAGGCAGGGCAGGGGUCAGCAAGAGAUAAGGUUAAUGGCAUGCCGACGCAGAGCAUAUCACACAUCUCUGACAGAGGUGACCAUCUCCUGUCCUCUCCCGCCCAAGACGACAUCAUCCUCACUCUCACUCAGGAAGACCUCACCCAGGCCCUGAAUCAGGAGAACCGGGCCUUAGCAGAGCGCAUCCGGGAGCUGCUGGCCCACAUUGAGCUCCGGGAAGGGGAAAGCCUCAGAGAGCUAAACCAGCUGAGGGAGCACAUCUCCAGGCAAGAGGCAGACAGAGCCAGGCUGGAGCAGGAGAUCCAGGAACAGGGAUGUCUGAUCACAGAGCUCACCAAGAAGACUGAGGAUGAUCUCAAUACGAUCAUGGAGCUUCAGCAGAGGUUAGCAGAGAGCAGGCAAAGUAUGGAAGAAUCACAAGGUCACACUCUGAUGCCCAAUAAAGAAAUGUAUGGAUUGCAGAGCAAAAAUAUUGCAGAAAUAUCAGGUAUAGGGAGUGCCCAAUUGAAGAAUCUAGAGGGAUGUGUGGACAGUUUGGUGGACAGUCUACUACAAAGUGAUGAAGAGCCACAGACAGUGUCCAGUCAGAACGAGGAUCAUUUGACCAACGCCUCAGCACUUGGCUCUCAAGAUAAUAAUUCUCUAUGCAACAGCGUGCAAGGAAGUACAUGUGCUAAUUCUUUGACUGGUCAAAUCGAUCAGCUGACCAAGUCAAUCCAGAGCCUCAAAGAAGAAGAAAAAGAACUGACUGGCUCCGUAGGUUCUUUGAGAGAGGAGCAGAGAGAGGUAGCUCUGUCCGUCCAAACUCAGACGGAAGAGAAACAGCAGCUAACUCGGACAGUUUGGGGAUUGAAGGAAGAGAGAGACCGCGUCACCCAGUCCCUCGCCAGUCUCAAACAAGAGAGAGAGCAGCUAACUAGGAUGGUGUGCGGGCUGAAAGAUGAGAGGGAGCAGUUUGUACGGUCCCUAAGUGGACGGGAAGAGGAAAAAGAGCAGCUAAGCAAGUCACUGUCUGGGCUUGAAGAAGAAAGAAAGGAAUUGUUAGAAUCUUUGUUGAAAGAAAAAGACGAGAGAGACCAAAUUGUACAAUCACUAAAACGUUUACAGGAAGACAGGGACCGGUUAAAGCAGGUAGUGUGCAAUUUGAAACAGGAGACAGAUGAACGGACAGAUUCCCUCAAGUGUCUGAAAGAGCGGAGAGACCAAGAAGAAUCACUGUACACUUCGAAAGAAGAACGAGACAAACUGAUGCAGUCAGUUCGCAGUUUGAAAGAGGAGAAAGAGAGAAUUGAACAUUCAAUCUCUAAUUUGACACAGGAAGAACAGCAGAUAGUGCUUUCACUUCAGGGCCUAAGAGAGGAGAGAGACAACCUCCAGUUCGAGGUCGCUGCUGAGGGACGGAGUCAGACGCAGCAUCUUUCCUGUCAGAGCAAGACUUAUGCAACAAAGAAGGAAGAGGCUACAGUGUUUGGGACAGGAGAAGGUGCUGCACAGAAACAUCUGACUGCUACCUACAAAGGGACGUUCACACAGCAGGGUUUGGGUGGAAACCAGGAGCAAAGCGAUCUGAUUAGGGAGAUUGAAUCUUUGGGGGCAAAACUCAAGAAGUCACAAGAGGAACUGGACAAGACCCAUUCAGAGACCAAACGGUUGCACAGUGAACUGCAUCAGUCAGAAGCCAAGAGGGAGGAGACAGAGAGGAAGGCAGCUCAAGCAGCUAGUGAGGUGAAAAGGAUGACAGAUGUAGCGAAUCAAAUGGAAGAGACCAGGAAGGAAAAUGACAACCUCACAACUCAGGUGAAGGAGCUGCAGAGCAGACUGACAGGCCUGGCCAGGGAAAAAGCUGGUGCUCUGUCACUGAAGGCACAGAUGGAGCAGCAAUUCAGGGUGCUUGAGGCUCAGCUCAAAUCCAAGACAGUGGCUCUAGAGGAGCUGAACUCGGAGUAUAUCACUCUGAAAAGGCAAGGGAGCAAAGGGGAGUUGAGCUCUACUCUCAUAUCACUCCGGUCACGCUACGAUGACAUCAGAGCUAAGUACGAUGUGCUGCUGAAAAAGAAGAGCCAAACUGAUCUGGAUAUAGCUCCUUUAAAGGCCAAACUGUCGUGCCUGGUGGUGAAGUGUCAGGAGAGAAACAGCCUCUUGGUCCAGAUGAUGAGAGCCAUGCACAGGCACGGCUGUCUGGACUUCACACUGUCACAGCAGGUAGAGCAGCUGCUCAGUGACGCUGCCCUGCAGGACUACACAGCAACAUUCACACUAGGCGCUGCUGCAGAGAUCCUGGAUUACAGUAGUGGGAUUACACCAGGAUUUAUGUUCAAAAUUCAGGAUUAUGAUAGUGGAUUCACACCCGACCAAAGAUACUCGUCUGUAUUCCCACCUGCUGUUCAAGGUGCUAAUCCACAACACAAAAAUCAGUUCACCCAUGAAGCUGGAGCAAAACACCAAGAACAAAAAAACGGAUCCAUCACAGAUCUUCAGGACUGUAGAGGGGAAGUUAUAGUGACACCAACAGGAACGCUAAAGAAAAAUGCCAACUCACCAGUGCCAACUUCAGCAAUGCAAGAGCAUGCCAAUGUGCGGGCGCCACCAUCAGCUGUUGCUCCAGCACAGAUGGAGAGUGCCAGUAAUUUAAUGCCAAGUAGCUUAACACAGCCAUGUCUCUCUGUCAGUGGACUAGUCCAAGCAACAAGUCGUCCAGAAGUGAAAGGGGAGUCCUCCACAGGCACGGCCAGCCUCUCAGAGGAGAGGGGGACCUUCCUGGGUGCUGCUACCUCAUCCCCAGACAGAUGUGUCAGUCUGUGCAGGAGGCUAAGUAGCCCUGAGAAGAUCAUCAGCCUCCAUGAGCAGCUGCAGAAGACUCUCUUGAGCAGCCACACACAGACACAGGCACCAGUGGUCAGAGAGAGAGGGCUGCAGACAAGGAAAAGCCUGUCAGAUUCGGCCGCUGCAGAGCUCGGCCUGACUUCUCAGACUAAGAUCCAGAGCCUCACUGUCAAUAUUACAAGUCCCAUCCCUGUCCCAGUCACCACUGCUAAACACGCACCACAAGUACCAACUAAACCUGUAACAACGAAUCCAUCAACAACGUUGUUCACUGCAGUCGCCUCUAGAUCUGCCAACAUUACAUUCAGCCCCAGCAUGUUUACUCACACUCUCUCUAAAGCAGCCACAGACACUACGAUAACUUCAGCUAUUUCUAGCUCCUCCUGCUCUCUUGUUACCACGUUGACAACGAGCAAAGCUAAAUCCACCACAAACAGGAGCAUUUAUAGUUUUAGUACCCCCACUGUACCAAUAUCCUCAAAGCCAACAAGUCCUACUAUCCCUGUAGCAUCUGAUACUUCUACACUUACAAAUACAAAUGUAACUCCUAGGACCACUGCCUCGAUUACUGAUGCUGUGUGCUCUGCAGCAGCUGUCCCUACUGUCUUAAAAAUUCUGUUACUAAUCCAAACACCACUGCCUCAGACAGCACUGCCCCUAGCACACCAACUGCCCCCAAGGUACAUUUUUCUAAUACGAUGUCUAAAACUGAUGGUGCUGCACCUAUAUAUAAAGCUUUUGGAUCUGGCAUGGGCUGCACUGAAUUUGCCCCUCGCUCUCCUGAGAGAUACUACAUGCCUGCCAGAAGGUCCACUACUGCUUCUCCAGAGCCAGGCAGAAGCCAGACCAAAACCAGAGGCUCCAGCAGACGUUGGCUCUGUCGAGGUCAUCAGAACGGUGGGCCAGAGCAGCCUCAUGAUUGGCUGGGAGAGACCUGCACUCGACGACCUGGGCUGCAGUAACGGCACCUUCGUGUAUGGAUAUAGGGUCUACGUAGAUGGGGAUUUCCACAAAUCUGUCAUGAGCUCAGCAUGCACCAAGUGUAUUCUAGAGAAUAUUGACCUGAGCGUCCCGGUCCACAUCAGUGUCCAAACCCUGGGCUCUAACGGUCUGACUUCAAACAGGGUCCAUACCAUGUACAGGACCCUCCAGCUGCACUGACUCACAGCCUUCCUCUCCUGGUCACAACCUGCCACACACACACAGACACAGCGGCCCAGGUCAGCAAUGUGUGGCCAUCUAUAGCUACAGCCCUCUGAGGGACAGUCCUAACUUUCACCCCAGCAGAGAGCUGGCUCUGCAUGAGGGGGACACCGUCGCUUUGCUAGGCAACGCUCGCCAGCCACCGUGGCUUCUGUGAGGCCCGGGGUAGCCAAUAAGAAACACUCAUCUCACAAGGUCAUCGCCCACCACUGAGCGUGCAGUGACUCAUGGUUGGCCACUGUCACUAUGAACUUUAAAGUGGAGACACAACUCACUUCGUAAAGACCAAGGGGCAUGAUUUCCAGUGUAUCUACAUGUUCAAAGUCAGUGCCUGGAGAGGACUCGCAUCCAUAUCUUUGUUGGACGAACUUCCUGUUUCCUGAGUCCACGGACAGGGCAUUUUAACUACCAAUCAGAGCAAUUGGCAGAUGAAUGAGCAAAGCGGCUGCCAAUCAAAAGAGAAGAAUCCGACGCAAAACCGCUAAAGUAUAAAUCACUGAAAAUGUUUAAGAAGGCAGUGACGCCAUCAAAAUCUGCCUGUGACAUCAACACCUCUGAACAUUACUCAGACAGGACACAAACAGGAAGGUGGUGUGCCGCAGCUGCACUCUCUUACACGGUGCAAAACAUGUCGCGGGAUUAUGUGUCAUCUUGAACUUGCGAAGACCCCCACUGCUGUCUCUGUGGAUUCUGUCAAAAAUGGACAUUUGUGAAAAUUGCCUUUUGUGACAGCAACCUCUAUGACGUGCCGAAGCAACAUCGUACCCGAAGGUCAUCUUACUUGAUUCUCAGACAUCAAGCCAAAUAUGAGGGAAAAAAAAGGCGGUUCAUUCCAAAGAUUUUUCUGUUUUUCCUUUCCCCUCAUAGCUCCGAGGUAUUGCUUUAAACACAGAAGCCAGAUGUUAUUUUAGUUUUGAAAUUUGCACACAAUCAUCUCAAACAAGAAAAAAAGAAAGAAAAAGAGAUUAUCACUAAUAUUUUUUUGUAGAGAAUAUUAUUAAAAUAUGCCAGUGGUAUAUUGAAAACAGUAUAGCAUAUGUUUUUUUUUUUUUUUUUUUGUAUGAGUGACACUUUGAUCUUCACAUCUCAAAAGGAAUUCUAUAUGCACGCUCAUUCUGUUUCAUGUUUCCCACAAUGUUCACAACACACACACAUGGUGUCCUUUCACAGUGUAUGUAUGGGUGUGGAGUGACCAUGGUACGGCAAAGGUAUUUUUCUAUCAGUAAUUGUUUACUGGUUUCUCACUGGUUCCUUUCAACUGUACAGAGAAUAAAUGUUUAUAUGGUAACUGGUA